CUCCCGAAUCCACUGCAUUAUUAUACACCCGUUAGCAACAUGCUGGCUUAGGCAAAUGAAAAGGCAUUUCUUGGCUCUUACUGUCUAGGAGGCGAGCUCUCUACUCUUUCCUAUCAGUCUUGUGUUAGUUAACUACCAUGGACUCGGCCGCGUUCCCGUCAGCGGACGAGCAGCAGCGGAUACUGCAAGAUGCUAGCACAGUCAUUAAGCGGAAUGCAUUCCACAUGCGUAAAGCAAUCGAGGAGGACAACAUGCGCGACUCGCUGAAGCACGCGGCGGCCAUGCUGGGCGAGCUGCGCACGUCGCAGCUGCAGCCGCAGAAAUACUACGAGCUGUACAUGCUGGCGUUCGACCAGCUGUCGUACCUUGAGUCGUUCUUCGCUGACGAGCGCGGCAAGGGCCGGGCCUACUCGGAGCUGUACGAGCUGGUGCAGCACGCCGGCAACGUGCUGCCACGCCUUUACCUGAUGGUUGCUGUGGGCUGCCUGUACAUCAAGAGCCACGAGGCCAGUCCGCGGGACGUGCUCAAGGACCUGGUGGAGAUGUGCAAGGGCGUGCAGCACCCCACCCGCGGCCUGUUCCUGCGCGCCUACCUGUGCCAGCGCGCCAAGGGCCUGCUGCCCGACACCGGCUCGGAGUUCGAGGGUCCGGCCGCCGGCUCCAUCCACGACGCGCUGGACUUCCUGAUGACCAACUUCAUCGAGAUGAACAAGCUGUGGGUGCGCCUGCAGCACCAGGGCAGCGCAAGGGACAAGGAGAAGCGCGAGCGGGAGCGGCAGCAGCUUCAGGACCUGGUGGGCAAGAACCUUACCUACUUGUCGCAGCUGGACGGUCUCAGCUUCGAGCUGUACAGGGACCAGGUGCUUCCCCGUGUGCUGGACCAGAUCACCAGCUGCAAGGACGACCUGGCGCAGCUGUACCUCAUGCAGGCUCUGAUCCAGGGCUUUCCGGACCGCUUCCACCUGGGCACACUGGAGUCGCUGCUGGGCGUGCUGCCGCAGCUGCAGCCGGGAGUCAAGGUCCACAGCGUCAUGGCAGCUCUGAUGGACCGCCUGGCGCGCUACGCCUCCAACGCCUCCGCCUCCGCGGCGGGCGGCGGCGACCCGCGCGUGCUGGAGGAGCUGGCGGCCAUUGACGCCUUCAGCAAGUUCAAGGCCGCCAUCGCGCAGAUCAUCGCCUCGCAGCCCAACCUGCCCGCCGCCGACGCCGUGGAGAUGUACGUGGCGCUGCUGUCGUACGCCGGCAGCGUGCACCCGGGCCAGCUGGCCUACGUGGACGAGGUGCUGGCGGCGGCGCACGCCGCGCUGGGCGACCGCGGCCCGGGGCUGGGCGGCGACGCGCGCGCGGAGCGGCAGCUAGUGGCGCUGUUGAGCGUGCCGCUGGCCAAGUACGGUGUGGACGUGGCUCUGGGCCUGAAGGAGUACCCGCCCCUCACGCGGCUGCUGCGCUACCCUACACACAAGGAGCUGGCAGUCAAGAUCGUGCAGCGGGUGCUGGAGGCGCCGCCGCCCGGCGCAGCCGGCGCGGCGCCGUCGUCUCCCGCCGGCGGCUCCCCCGCUCCGCCCGUCAGCGGCGGCUGUGUGAUCAGCGACGUGUCAAAGGUCAAAAUGCUGUUCCGCUUCAUCGCGCCGCUGGUGGCGGACCCGGACGUGCCGGGGGAGGCGGGCGGCGCAGCGGACUUGGACGACGAGGACCUGGACGAGGAGCAGGUGCUGGUGGCUCGUCUGCUGCACCACCUGCGCUCCGACGACCCAGACACCCAUUUCACCAUCCUGUCCGUGGCGCACGACCAGCUGCUGGCCGGCGGCCCGCGCCGCCUGCGCACCACCCUGCCCUCCCUCGUCUUCUGCGGCCUAGCGCUGCACCGCCGACUCGUGACGGCGCGCGCGGGGGCCGCCGGCGGCGGCUCCGCCGCCGGCAAGAAGGCCGAGUCCAAGAAGGAGGCUGCGGCUGCGGCAAAGAAAAAGGAGGCGGACGAGAAGGAGGAGGAGGAGGACAAGAAGGAUGGGGAGAAGGAGGACGGCGAGGAGGGCAAAGAGGACGGCAAGGCAGAGGAGAAGAAGGAGGAGGAGAAGAAGGAGGAGCCGGCGCCGGCACCGACGGCUCCUGCAGCGCCCCUGACGCCACCCAAGCUGACCAGCGAGCAGCUGCUGCAGUUCCUCCUAGCCGCCAUCGGCCCGCUGUACGGCGGCCCGGCCGGCCAGCCCGUGACGGCGCUGCGGCUGCUGCUGGCGGCCGGGUACGUGGCCAGCGAGGAGGCGCGGCUGGAGCUGCUGGCCUACACCUUCUUUGAGGAGGCCAUCGCGCUGUACGACGAGGCUCUGCCCGACCAGCGCUCCCGCGCCACCGGCCUGUUCGACAUCAUCGGCGGCCUGCAGCGCUGCCGCGUGUUCGGGUCCGAGCACCGCGACGCUCUCACCGCCGCCGCCACCGCCGGCUGCAUGCGGCUGGUGGCGCGGCGGGAGCAAUGCCGCGCGCUGUGCGCCGCGGCGUGGCUGUGGUGGCAGGUGGAGGCGGACAAGGCGGCCGCAGGGGCCGGGGGCGACAAGGGGCUGCAGCCGCCUGUGCGGGACGGCGCCAAGGUGGUGGCCACGCUGCAGCGCGCCGCCAAGGUCGCUGGCCAGGGCAAGGCCCAGUGGGGCGCCACCGGCCGUGUGCGGGACGCCGCCUACCUGGGCGCCUACGUGGAGGUGGCGGACGCCAUGAUGAGGCUGUGGGACGCAGAGGUGCCGGGCAUUGACGCCGACAAGGUCCAGGCGCUGCUGGACACGGUGCAGGCCGACAUUGCCGCCGGCGUGGCGCCCGACGCCCACAGCGCCCGCCGCUGGGCCUCCACCCUGGCCCACAUCGCCAGCCAGGCGGCCGCCGGCGCCACGCCCGCCGUCAAGGAGCGGUACGGCAAGCUGAAGGCGCCGCCCGCGCCCCCCGCCGCCGCGUGAGGCAGUGGGUGUAGGGUGCGGGAUGAUGGGGAGGGAGCAGGUUGGGAGGCGUGGCCGGGGGAAGGGCGGGGAGUUGGGGUUGGAAGGUGUAGCGGUUGUUUGGGGAGGGACGGGGCAAGAACACCGUGUCGUGAGCAACGUUGUCUGCGGGGUAGUGGGUGUUAUGAAGGUGCAUAGUCUGUGGCUCUAUGCAGCAUAAGUUGUGCACGAUUGGGCAAAGGGUAAGACAUUCACGGGUGCCGGGCUUUGAAGCGUCAAAAUUCGGACUGCUUCGUGCGGGCCUUGGCACUUCUGCAGUCAACCCGCCUUCGGGGAACGCAGAGUUAGCACCUGCUUGCUUUCCCGCCGGACAAAUCAUGUAAGUCAAGGCAGUA